AUGUCAGCCGGCUCGGCUCGCAUUCUCUCUAAAACCAGGACGAAAGUCGAUGAGACGAACGAAUGGGAGCAACACAUGGUUCUCCGAGUCCCAAAUGAACUUCGCGAUGAGGUUGAAAAGUGCCUCGACCACCCACAAAGCAGCAGCAACCUUGCCGUCUCCUUCACCCACUCCAACAUGCGACAAGCCAACGUCCGAAUUGGCGACAAAAUCGUCCAGGCCACCGUCCAGGAUCUGCCGUGUAUCGUUGAAGUGCAAAAGACGCUCGACAAAAAGGUCUCCUACAAAGUGGCCGACAUCUCGCAGAUAAUGGUCGCAUCAGCGCAGGAAACUUCCAGCGACCAGGCGGCGACGGCAUUCACCUCCACCGAAUCGCUGGUCAGAAAGGAACUUAAAAAAUAUCAAUAUCCCCAUGGGCUAACCCCACCGAUGAAAAGUGCACGCGUUCGUCGCUUCCGGAAAACGAAAAAGAAGAAGUUUAUGGAUGUGCCGGAGGUGGAACAGGAGUUGAAGAGGCUUUUGCGGGCGGAUCUGGAGGCGGAAUCGAUUCGCUGGGAAGUUGUUUCCGUCGACGAUAAGAAGGAUGUCAAGGAAUUCGACGCUAUCGGCGACAAGAUAAGCAGCAGCAGUGAGGACGAUGAAGCUCCGCACGGGCAAGCCGUUGACGCUGCUGAA